GAAUCUGAUCAUAUGUAGUGUAAAUAAAAUUCCCUGUUGACCACUGUUAAAUAUAAAUGUUGAACUACAGUGAAAUAACAUCAGUAUUGUAGCAGUUCUUCCUCUACUAUUUAAUAAAGACAAUGAUACAUCAAAUUUACCAAAUGAUGAUCAGUAUCAAACCUGUGAUGAUUCUUCUUCUGGUUCAUCAGACCUGUCAGCUAGAGACGAACUUCGAGCGAUGUAAACUGACAUCAGUAUCAACUGUACUGGAUUCAAUCAAUCUACUUGUUACACAAGCUAAACAGAAAAUACACAGCGAUGAACUGGAAUGUGUUCCAACCUCUCCUGGACCAAUAGACUGUGCAGAUGUUUUCCUUAAUGGACACCGUAGUAGUGGAGUGUACCGUAUCUGGCCCAAGUCAUGGAUGUUUACAGGAAGUAUUGAUAUUUACUGUGAUAUGGACACUGAUGGAGGAGGCUGGACAGUGAUCCAGAGACGAGGGGAUUAUGGAAACCCCACAGAUUACUUCUAUAAAUCGUGGCAAGAAUACAAAAUGGGGUUUGGAGACAUAGAGAAAGAUUUCUGGUUGGGAAAUUACUGGAUUUUUACUUUAACGAACCAAGGAAAAUAUUCAAUCAGGUUCGAUCUGAGAGACAAAGAAAAUGAAACACGGUUCGCCCUCUAUCGGGAGUUUAGGAUAGAUAGUGAAGACCUGUACUAUCGUUUACAUAUUAAAGGUUACACAGGAGAUGCAGGGGACAGUAUGGUGUAUCACAACGGGUUAAAUUUCUCCACCAAGGAUAGUGACCACGACACGUAUUCUGGUAGUUGUGUAAAGUCAUAUAAAGGAGGAUGGUGGUAUGGAGAAUGUCAUUCUUCUAACUUAAAUGGACUUUAUCUGAAUGGACAACACGAGAGCUACGCUAAUGGUGUGAACUGGAAAACAUGGAAAGGUUAUCAUUACUCUCUCCCGGAAGUGUCAAUGAAAAUACGACCCCUUAACUUGGAGAUUCCGACAAAUCACAGUAACAUUCCAAUGUAAAAUACAAUUUUGUUAUUUUUUCAAACCAUCUAUUUCUAUUUGAUGGAUAAAAUUAACUUUAAUUUGUUGGAAGUUUCUGAUUAUGGACAAAUUGUGAACAAAAGUUGGUAAAUCGUGAUGAGAAAACGAAUAAAUUUUAGUUAAAUUUACUUAUAUUAAGGAAUAGUUAUUGUUGGAGAACAUAGAAGGUUUAAUGUUUAGAUUCUAUUUGUAUUCAAUUACGAAAAAAAUGUUUUAUUUUAAAUUAUUUUAAAAUCAAACAUUGUUUUAUCAUUUAUUUCUUUUUUAUUAACUUUGAAAAUACCUACACAUGAAAUAUAUGAUAGUAUUUGAUAAUUUUCUAUUUACUUGACUCAUUGUUCCAUAUUUUGUAUUUUUACUAGUUGCGAGUUUAAUAUUCUCAUAAUGAUAAAUCUAAGUUCAGAAUGAACAAAGCUAGAGAAACACACUUUAUGUUAAUAACUUUAUACUCAACUUGAUCGUGUUUUCAUGAUUUAUUGUGUUUUUGAUCUACAUUAAGAACAAUGACCUGAGAAACACCUCGUUUCUUAUAAAUCAUUUUAUUUUAUGUGGCAUGUUAAGGCACAUCUACAAUAUUCGAUUACAAAUAUGUUAGUAAUUCGCUGUUGGAUCAGAAUAGCAAACACUUAAAUACAAGUUAAGUCUGAACAUGAAUCAAUGUCACAUUUUCUGGAUAACUUGGUUCAUAAUCACCUGAACAAUUUUAAUGACAUUGUAUAUCAUUGAACAAAAUUUCCUAUUUAUUAAAAACUCACCCAAAACAACAUUAAAAAUACACAAUAAUCUAAAAUUGUUGAAGGCUUUACUAAAAAUCUUCAUGUUUUGGUUGGUCACAGACCUACUGUCAUCAGCAUUGUGACAAAUACCUUAACCAAUAAUUUGACAUUCAUGUUAGUAGUUAUCCUUGUACUUUAUUGUCCAAAGGACGCCGACUCAGUUGGGAUCGACAGACAAUAAGGAGGAGGAAAGAAGGGGUAGAGAUGACGAUGUCACCAAAUACGAUUACGUCAUAAUUCCACAAAGUGUCGCAAGAGGGCAUGAUGUUAUGUUGCAGUGACGUCAUAUCCGAUUACGUAAUAGUGCCACAAAGUGUCGCCAGAGGGCACGAUGUUAGGCUGCAAUGACGUCAUAAACGAUUACGUAAUAGUUCCACGAAUAUGUUUCAGAUAUCAGUUAUGAUGUUUCUCGACUCAUCAAUUUCUAAAACUGGGUGAAAUUCUGCAUAUGCUAAAACACUUGUAGUGCUGGGUAAGGCACUACCAAAACGUAUUUAAGUUUGCAAGUUUCUCUGUUUCAUCAAGUUAAAUUGAAAAUCUCCAACAGAUAGAUCAGAUGUCAGGUCAAAGGCAAAGAGUGUAUAUUCAAUCAAGUAUUCGUUAUAUUCUGUAUCAAUUCCUGGAUCUUAAAAUUGUUUUCCAGUCCCACUAAUUAAUGUUUCGAAGAUUUGUCCAUACAGUGCAGCUUCAAAAUCUGGUUUUAAAGUUUGAGCAGGAAUCUGUUUUCUGUCCACGUUAAUUUUCACGAAAUUGAUACUGAGAUGUUUAAAAUUGUACGGAUAUUUCUUCCAAGGUCCAUUAAAUGCAUUGUUGUCAACAUAUCCUAUAACAAGACGUGUAGGUACUUAACCUAAAAAAAUAUUAUCAAUAGAUGCUUGUAAGAUUCUCUAGGGAGUUGAAAACGAUUUGCACGCUAUAUAUUUUGAAGGAUAUUUAGCUGUUCCUUUUUGAAAAGGUUUAGCUUGCAAAAGAAUGACUGAUGGGCUGAUCUUAACUUUUUACCACUGACCCACGAUAUUAAAUACUGACCAUCGAGCUCGUCUAUAAAUUCACCAAGAUAAUCCCUAGAAGUGGAUCGUUAUAUCCAUCUGAAAUAUAAACAAUGAUAUCUGUAUCAUUAUACAAUACAGAAGAACCUAACUUCUCUAGUGUAUGAUAUAAUUUGAGAUGAGCAGAUGCUAUUGUCAUAUUCGCCAGGAAGAUGUUGAUUUGAUCUUUCUGUGGCUGAUACUGAUGCUUAUGUUUACAAUGAAGAGAAAUUACUUCAUUGUUAAUCAGUGUAACAAAGUCGUAACAGAGAAACUAUUAUAUUAAAUUACGGUGUUUAAUGUAAAGGUAAUGCUGGAAGUUAAAAGUUUUUCAUCAGUAAACAAGAAAAUGUGCAAUCACAACAUUCUAUUUAUCAAGAUUUGAUGGUCCUAAAAGGACUCUAGAUUAUAAUUAAAUGAUUCAACAAAAAUCAUCUUCUUCACAUGAUGAAAACACAUUAUCUUCCAUAUAUUCAUCCUCAUAAAUUAUGUUUUAUGAACAUUUAUUGUACAAACUUUACUUACUAUAUGCUUUCACAGACAUUGUUUAACAUAAUCACCACACAAUGAUGAUAAUCUUAACCUACAAAAUACAAGGAGUUUUAUACACAUAUUUAGAUGUAAUGUAAGAUUAAUAUAGUACUGUAACUAUCAUACGUAACUGAUAUGAUGAUAACUUGGCUAUAUAGUAAAGUUGUUGUUGUUGA